UGAAAGACAUUUCUCCGCAGGUGCAGGUAUAAAAGCUCAGGUGUGCUCACUGAUGGAGCUGCUAACCACUACCCUGUACCAGGCUCAUGCUCUCUUCUACACCGUGCCUGAGGGGAUGCCACCAGAUCCAGCCCUGCCCUGUGGCUUGCUCUUCUCGACCCUGGAGAGCACCACAGGCCAGCACCCAGCAGGGAGAGGUGGUGUUCUGGAGGAUGGGAUGAAGCUGAGCAGCUGGUUCAGGUACCUCCCGGAGUCCGUGGUGGAGUUCCAGCCGGCCCUGCGGACCCUGGCACACCCCAUCAGCCAGGACUACCUCAGAGACACGCUGCAGAA